AUGCCGCCCAAGAUUCGACAAAGGGGUAAAAAGCCCUCAAAAGUCAGAAAGCUUCAGCAAGAGCAAGAACAACUCCAACAGCACGACGCUCAGCCACUGGCAUCUUCGGCGUCCUCUUCGACAAAUCCGAUUCAAUCACAGGCUGACUAUAUCCCGGUCGAUGUCGAAGACGCAGAUACGUCUACGGUACCUCAGAACGAUGCCGAGGAAGAUCAACCAAACUGGAUCAAGUUGGGAGACAGGCCGGGCAAGGCCGAGCACGAGGCUCCGUUCGGCUAUGUCGAUGCUGAGCUCAAGGCGUAUCUCCGAGCUGGCUGGGAGCGUGUUACGGAGCUGGAAUCACAAGGUUACACUUCCAAGUCUACUCUUACAGCCAUCGUUGCGGCGAGCGCACCAUCUGGUGCUCACAAGAACGGUCUUGGCGCUGACGACGACGAGGCGGACGACGACGACGAGCUAGCGCUGCUACUGCAAGCCACAUUGAAAGAGAUGGAUGGUAAAGAGCUUUUGCUGUCUACCGACCCAGACACCUCGCUCAUUGUCGAAGCCAUCCUUCACCGUCUCCCUGCUAAACCAUUGCGAGUAUUUGUAGAUCGUCUGGCGGGCAACUUUGCCGUUCUCGCUAAACAUCGCUUCGCCAGCCACGUCAUACAAGCGUGUCUCACUACUCUUCAGCCUGCUGUCACCCUUGAACAUGCCUCGCAACAGCACUUCUAUCAACAUCAACAUCGUUCCAGCGGCCUGAACGGUAAAGCGACUGCAUCCUCAGCAUACGCGAGCGACGCAGCGACCAUCGUCAACGAGGACGGCAUUCUGCGGAGCGCAACCCAACUCAUCCUCGACCUCAUCGACGAACUGUCUUCCGACCAAGACAUGCUCUUCUCGCUCGUCACCGAUUCAUUUGGAUCGCACGUUAUUCGUUCGCUGUUGUGCGUUCUGACAGGUCGCAACAUUCAAACGGAUCCAAGCUCGACAGCGCAUGCUGCAGCAGCUUCUGAUCUUCGGUCUCGACGCAGCGCCAAGUUCCGCAAUCGGAAAGCUCCGACUGCUCCUAAUAGCGCCGCUGUAGCAGGUGCAGUUUCACCAGAGGACUUGCUCGUUGUAGUACCGGAUCUGCUCUAUAACCGAGCUAUGUUGCUCAGGCAAGAGAUCCUCAAAGAUGCAAGCGUCGAAACCGUCCGCAGGUGGGCCACCGAUGCAGUAGCCUCUCCGCUUCUGCAGCUCCUCAUCGAAAUCGAGGCGGACUCACUCGACGGCGAACAGGGCGACAAGCUCUGGAAAGGAACUUUGGUCGACAGCCUGUUGAACGGCUUUGUCUCGUCCCCUCCCGAAACCGUAGAGGAAGGAGAAGUCAAGAAAGACGUCUACCUCGAAACUUCGCUUCGUGACAAUGUCGCAUCACACGCAUUGCAGCUCGUUCUCGAGCGUGCACCCGCUUCGACGGCCUCGCGCUUCUUCCACAUUUACAUCCGCAGCCGCAUGGCCAAGCUUUGCAUCCAUCCUGCCGCAAAUCACAUUGUAGCCACUCUGAUUCGCCGACUUUCCACGGCCGAUCUGGAGCCGGUGAUCGCCGAAAUGGCCAAGAUCGCUUCGGGUAUGGUCAAGGAGCAGAUGGUUGGCUGUCUUCAAGCAGCCGUCGAUCGCGUAGUACAGCUGACGCAGGAGGAGAGCGACAAAGAGGAAGUCAAAGAGCUUGUCAAGGCUGUCAGCGAGGUUGUGCUGGCAGCUUUCAGGUUCAAGUCACAAUCGUCAUCGGAACAAAGUGACGAAGAAGGGCUCAAGCUACUCGUUCCUGCAGUGUUGGCGUUGAGGACGCGGAAGGCAUACUUGCACACGUAUAGUGCGCAUCUGAAGAAGGACAAUCGAGACGGAGAGGGCGAGAACGGAGCUCGUGGAUCGAAGCGAGGACGCGAUGGCAAGGCCAAGCAGAGCAAAACCAAGUACAGCAAGAAGAAGGACGCUGAAGUGUCGAACAAGGAAGAGGAACAGGAGCAGUCGCCAUGGACUAUGGAUGCGUCGUACGAACUGCCAGCUGCCGAAUCGACGACUCAGGGAAGUCUUCUUCUGCAAUCGUUGUUGCGACUUCCCGGACCAGCGGCACCUGCACGUGCUCCACCGAAACGCACAUUUGGCCGGGCCGCUCCCGCAUCUGCAUCUUGCACCUCAGCUGCUCGCGCUGAGUCAUGGGGGAGCGCGCUCGUCCUCGACUCUCUCUGCUCGCUGCCCACACUCACACCGUUCGCGCGCAACCCGACUGCCGUACAUACGCUCAUCUCUUGCCUCUGCCCUCCACCGCAUCCUACAUCACCACACUUGGACUGGAAUCAAUCCACACGCAGACGCACACUCUCGUCCACCCUCACCACCUCGCUCGCCUCGUUCUGCGGCGACAAGUACGGUUCACGUCUCGCCGACUCACUAUGGUUCUCGGUGGAUGGGUAUUCCAAAGAGAAAAUCGUCAAGUACGUCAUCGAGCACUCGACCGAGAUCAUCAAACAGCCAUAUGCUAGUUACUUUACCAACAAGCUGCAACUGCAGCUGUACAGGAAGGGAAAGGUGCGUGAGUGGAAUCAGGCGAUCCAGGCUCAAGCACAGCUCGCGAACAAGGACAAGGAGAUCAGUGUAUCGACAGUUCAAAGCGGCGCUAGAAAACACUCGCCAAUCAUCGUCGAGACCAAAAGGGUGUCGGAAGCGUCUGCAAAGUCAAAGCGUCGCAAGAAGAGCAAGUUGGAUGGACAGCUGGAUUCGAUCCUGGACCAGAUCUAG